GAUUGGCUGAAACGCGCGAUCUUUUCAACUUCAACGUCAUGUCAACAGCCCAUGGACGGCGAAACCAUUCUUCGAUUGACGUGGUGAUCGCAUGGCCGAAGCGCGCGCGGCCGUCCAUGUGUACGACGGCAACCGCCGCGGCGUCAAGCUACUGGUGUCACAGGAAGGGUCGAUCGAAGUGACGUUCGUGAUUCCGUCGCCGAGCGAAUUGCGUUCCACGGUUGUUCGCCACGUUCAUUACAUGAAAAACACGGUGCAGAACGUGAUAUACCCGGUGCCCCCUCCUGUCGCUGGAGCAAUCGUCGUCGUCUUGAUUGGAAUCGUCGCGAGCUCGCCGGAGGACUCGUACUGGCGACACAGUACGAUUUCGUGGUGGGUCUGGCACAUAGGCAACUUCUUCGUCCCGUUUGCAUCAUCCAUCCCUCGAAGCUUGUACGUGGCGUACUUGACCGCGUGGGCUGCGUUUGCCGGUCUUGUGUUGCUCAUGUCGGUGCAUCGGGUCAUUCUCCGAGCACUUUUGGGGUACCGUGGCUGGUUGUACUUGGCGCCAAGGGAAACGUCCAUGGUUGUGACCGCGUGGGCCUCGUUGAUCAAGGUAUUGGGCGGCCGUUCGCCGUUGACGUUUUCGUUCCAAAGUGCAUUGCCGCGCAUGUCGGUGCCGCCGUUGAAAGCAACGUUGGAACGGUACAUGAAAUCGAUCCAUCCGCUCGUGUCGGACGAAGAAUACAAGCGAAUUGAAGCGCUUGUGACUGAAUUCGAAGCGAACGCUGGGCCAAAGCUCCAACGCUACUUGGUGCUCAAGAGUUGGUACGCGGACAACUACAUUUCGGACUGGUGGGAGCAAUACGUGUACUUGAAGGGUCGAUCGUCCAUCAUGAUUGGAAGCAACUACUACGUCCUUCCUGCACGGUACAUUCCGUCGACAAACCAGCUUGCUCGCGCCGCCGGCGUCGUCCGCCAACUUAUGGAGUUCAAGCAAAGGCUCGAUCGCGAGCAGCUGCCUCCCAUCAUGUUGCGUGGGCUGGUGCCGCUCUGCAUGUCCCAGUACACGCGCAUCUUUUCCACGACGCGCUUGCCUGGGCGCGACGAAGACAAGCUGAAAAAGUAUGGGUCGUCCAAGCAUCUCGCAGUCAACUGUCGCGGCCGUUGGUUCAAAGUGCCACUCUUCCGCAAGGGUACGUAUGGUGAGCUCUUGAGCGCGUACGACAUUCAGCAGCAAUUGAUUGCCGUGUCGAAUGCAUGUGCGCCAGAAGACAUUGUCCAGGAGCAGCAUCUCGGCGCCCUCACCAGCGCAAAUCGCACGACGUGGGCCGAGCACCGCGACACAUUUUUCUCGGAGGGUGUGAACCGCAAGUCGCUUCGUGUGAUUGAGUCUGCCGUGUUUGUGCUUGUGCUGGAUGAUGCGACCCCCGAGCAUAUCGACGAACAAGGAAAACUUUUGAUCCACGGCAACGGCGGGAACCGGUGGUUUGACAAGUCGUUUACGAUGGUGGCGUUUGCGAACGGAAUGGUCGGCCACAAUGUCGAGCACUCUUGGGCCGACGCGCCCGUGAUGGCGCACUUGUGGGAAGAAGUAUCGUUUCGGGAGAUUCUCGAUGGCAUGUACGAUGCGGACGGCCACUGCAAGAAGCCCGCGUCGUUCAAGACGGACGUGACGCUGCCGCGAUGCGAACAGCUUCAAUGGAAUUGGACGCCCGACCUCAACGAUGCAGUGAACGCAUGCAUGGCGGCGGCGGCCACGGCGAUCGCCAACUUUGACCUGCGCGUGCUCAACCAUGCCGAGUAUGGCAAAGUCGCGAUUACCAAGACGUGCAAGAUGAGCCCGGACGCGUAUCUUCAGCUUGCGCUGCAGUUUGCAUACUACAAGAACACGCAUGGAACGUUUACGCAGACGUACGAGGCCAGCAUGACACGCUUGUACAAGCACGGCCGUACCGAGACGGUGCGCCCGGUGACGGAUCAGUCGAAAGCGUUUGUGCUGGCCAUGGUCGACCCGACCGUGUCGAACGAGACUCGACGCAAGUUGGGGUGGGCGGCCGGCGAAGCGCACCAGGACUUGUACCGCAAUGCGAUGUCGGGCUUGGGCGUCGAUCGCCACUUGUUUACGUUGUACUGUGUGUCGGUCGGCAUGGGAAUCGAGUCGCCGUUUCUGAAGGACGCGCUAAGCCGACCGUGGCGGUUGAGCACAAGCCAGCAACCUCAAGCGCAGACCAAUUUGGUGGCCACGAUCAAGAAGCGCCAGAUUCUGGAAGAUGUCAGUCAGUGCAUUUGCCCCGGCGGCGGGUUUGGUCCUGUCGCCACGGAUGGGUACGGCGUGAGCUACAUGAUUGCCGGUGACUCGGAUCUGUUUUUUCACAUUUCCAGCGACAAGUCGGCGGGUACGACGAGCUCGACGGCGUUUGCCGAAGACUUGCGUGCGGCGUUGACAGAGAUGCGUGCCGUCUGGAACGACUGAAGGGUCGCCUGGGAGGUCAAGCAAUAGGAACCAGUGAACAUUGUAACAAGAAUGCAAUGAGCGACACAAUGGGGAUGCCGUCGGAGCAACGUGACGACUCGAUGGUGGACGCGGCCGAAGGUGUCAAUGGUAGCAUUCGUCAUUCGAUGGAGGAUGCUGGCGCCAGACAGGUGGGACGCAGAUGAGUACCUCGUUGUUAGGACCCCCGUCCGUGGGCACCGACGUUGUGACAACUCAACAGCGACGGCGGGUGUGUUCAUGCGACUCCGUGCGCUCGGUGCAUGGGGCGGUGGAGAGAAGAUGUCGAUGGAAGCGUCGGGAGAAAAAGUUCCAUUU